GGAAGAGCAGCCGUUAGCCUGAGAUAUCUACUAACAGGAAAACAGUGACAAAGCUCGCUAUAUCAGUAACAUAGUCUCUUAAAGUGAGAAACAGUUUCUGAACAUGUAUUGUUAUGCCUCAAGAAGUCUGGCAUGCUUGUUUCAGGGAGGAUUUGUGCUUUUGGAGGCGGGAGAGUGUUGAAAACUGAAGGCGCCCCAGACUCGAGUGACUCUCGCGACUGAAGAGUUUCAUCUGCGAGAACGGCCUGAGGGAAACUCUCACACCGGCAAAUGGCCUUCAUUUAGGACACGGGCUCGGAAAUAUUAAACACAUCUGGAUUAAAGCUGUCAUUGUGUUUGGAAUUUCUGAAUGUUGAAUGUUAAGGAUUUAAAAGACUAAAAAUGCAGCGAUGAGGACUCGCGCGCUGACGGAGCUCUGAGGGAGUCUUGAGUGAGCGUGACGCUAACGGAAAUAUAUAUAUGAUAUAUUUUUUAUAUAAACAGUGUUACUGCGCUAAGUUUGAAGCGGUACGCUUCAACCUGACGUGUCAAAGUCAGUAACAUACUUUUAAGUGGUCAAAAUGUCGAAAAUGUCGAAAAAGAAGAGCUGUUUUCAGAUCACGAGCGUAACGCAGGCUCAGGUGGGGGCCAGCAGCAUCACGGACGAUACCGAGAGUUUGGACGACCCGGACGAAUCCAGAACCGAAGAUAUGUCCUCAUCAGAGAUAUAUGACAUGUCCAAAGUUGGCGAUUUUGAGCAGGGGGCGUGUAACGUCAGUUUAUCGGAAGAACCGCUAAAUAACGACUUGGAAACAUCUCGCGCCAGCUUGUCAAUGACGAUACCUGGCUCUUGUAGUACAGGUGGUGUUGACACAAACCUAAAUGUUCGCGGAGUCAUUGCUGCAAGCCAAAUGACCCCUGCCUCUGUAAAUUCCCAGCCUUCAUCUUCAAUUGCUGUUGCGUCUAAUGCACCAUCCAGUUUGUCACAAACAUCCACAUCAUUUUGCACUUCUGCUACAGUAAGUAGUUGCAGUUCCCGUUUUAGAGUCAUCAAACUAGAUCACAGUACAGGUGAGCCCUUCAAAAGAGGUAGGUGGACUUGCACUGAGUUCUAUGAGCGAGAUACGGAUGUUUCCUCAUCCGGUCGGACUGUGGAUAAUGUUAAACAGGCUGGCACCUUGGACCAUAAUGUGGACAGGGAUGGACUAGCAGUUCCUGUUGCAGCAGAACCACAUACUGAUAGUGGUUACGUGUCUGUACCAUCUAAUCCUCCUGUGGAGCUUCAACAGCAAAGUGUUGGCAUUUCACAGCAGGGAUUAGGGAACAUUUUCCCAGUGGGGACCGGUGAUGCCCACAUUCAACAUGUCAAAUCUCCUAGCAUGCCUUCUACAAUGCAGCCACAGGCUUUCCACCCAGGCAAACCGGCACAAAAACCUGGUCAUAUCCUUUCCGCUGGUAUUCCAUCGAAUCCCUCUGAAUAUAGGUCACAGUAUCAGCCUCCCUUGCAAACUCCUAUCUCCUCAGCCCAAACGCUAACAGUGACCUCAAUUCCGCUUGGCGCCCCUUUGAACCGGGGCUCAUCACCUGUCAUGACCCCUGCUGUGGGAAGCACUCAUGUGCUUGGAGUUCCACCUCAGACUGUGGAUACUAUAGGGCACGGCAGAGGGCCACUUCCCGUCAGCCAUGCGGAGCAUAUUCAGGGGCUCAUACAGCAGUCAGGCAUUGGUGCAGCUCUAGGGACAGCCGCAGCUUGUGUUUCACAGGCACCAGUGCCGCUCAUUCAGCCAGCAGUAACUGCGUCUGUCACCCCCCAUGCUUUGGUCUCUGGUGUACAAAAUGUGCCUGUUAUGUCCAGUGCCUCUAAUACCCCGCAGAGCAUGCCAAACCAGACUCCUGUACCUGUUGUACAGCCCCAACAGAACCAGCCUCAGGGAGUCCACAGCAGUUCCAUGGUAGGACUGAGCAUGCAGACUUCCCCUUCCAACUUUAGCCAACUUCCCAUCAGCUUCACUCAGGCCAGUGAGAACCGGAGGAAGUCUGAUGCGCUACCUCAGAGCUUUGUCAUCAUAGGAAAAGAUGCCACCAAUGCCCUGAAUCCAGAGUGCUUGAAGCUUCCCACACCUGCUGUCAACAGCCUGUUUGGAAUAACUAUUCCCAUUGAUGGGGAUGAUGACGGUGCCUCUGGCGCCAGUGUUGUUGCCAUUGAUAACAAAAUCGAGCAAGCUAUGGAUCUCGUCAAAAGCCAUCUAAUGUUCGCUGUGCGCGAGGAAGUGGAAGUCUUGAAAGAGCAAAUAAAGGAACUCUAUGAGAGGAACUCUGUUCUGGAGAGAGAAAACGCAGUAUUAAAAUCUCUAUCCAACACCGAGCAGUUAAAUCAGCUCACCAACCCUGGAAGCACUUCACCCCAACAGACAGCAGUGAACGCAAUCCUCCAGGAAGGAAGCAAACUCGUGAACUUGCCCCCACAACCCAACGUGUCCACGGCGUAAUGAACCUUUUAUCAUGGGAUACCGUAGACAAAAGCAAAAAUGUUAAAAUUUGCUAAUGACUUUUUGUUUCCAGUCUUGUUUGCCACCAGUUUGUGGAGACCCAUGCUUCAGUUGUAUGUGCUGUGUGGCUUUCCCAGUAUUAGACAGUCAUUUUGGGAAAGCUUUUCUUUGGCUGUCGGGAUGAGGUGUGCAGUCGGUCGCCCUCCGCAUGUGCUGCUUGCAGGUGUAGAAGAAACGGGUGGAGAUGGCACUUUGGCAGGAAGCCAUUGGUGUAUGUCCAUUUCUUGAUUUCCAAGUCUUGCAGGUGGAGACUAAAGCAUUUAAAGCAAUAUUCCUUACAGUGGAAGUGAAUGGGCCCAGUCCAUAAAUGAUCAAAUACACACCAUUUCAAAAGUAUAGCCGCAAGACUCAUUUAACACAUAUAUUGUUUACGUCUUGUGGCUAUACUUUUAAAAUUGUAUGUAUUUUAGCAUUUAUAGACUGGGCCCAUUCACUUCCAUUGUAAGUGCCUUGGUGUAAUCGCUUUUUUGUGGCAAUCGACACAAAUGCUGUUGAUUGAGCUUAACUUGUAUCGAAGCCAGAAUAUUCCUUGACGUCUACCAUGUAAAAGCUGGGAGAUUUGUGUUUUUCCAGAGCCAAUGUUCUACAGCAUGAAUUCAAUCCUUUCGUCUGUUUAGUUUGACUGUUUGCAUAUAUAUUUAUUAGAGGGCUGCUAUUUUCUUAAUGUAAAUGAACAAUGUAACAGAGGUCUAUUAUAUAAAGAAACCUUCUUUUGGUUUCUAAAGUGUAUAAUAAAUGUUAAUGCAUUUAUUUUGUUAAUUUGCAUCAAGUUUUAGGCAAUAAUGUCCCCAUGGCACAGUACCAACACUAAAGGUGAUUCAUCAUUGGCAUUGAUGAUAUACAGGCCUGUAUAGUUGGAUUGGUGGGGGUUUAAUGUACAUGUGUUUAGAAUGUAAAGUAUUAUAAGCAUAGCCGGUUGUACUGGUGAGCACCAGUUAUCAAGUAUUUCUCUUUUUUGGAUUUUUAUUAAGGAUAAUUCAGCCUGAUCUCAUGAAAACGAUGUAACUUUGGCAAAAUGACAUUACGUACUUCAUUACACUUAUCGCUGCAGUUUCAAGGUGAAAUAUCCACUAAGGGGCACUAAAAGCAAGUUUCAUGUUUUCCCAGAAAGAUGACAUUUUAAAUGAAUAAAACCUACUUUCCUACCCUGAACCUUUAACGUAAGCCUAACUGAUGGUGUCAUAAAAGCAUAUGUGAGAUGAAAACACAAUAGCUGAAGCAGCCGCGUCAUUUUGUGGCACUUCUGUGACACUACGCGUUCACAUUUCAACUUGGACUUUGGUGUUCUAAAUCCAAUGCUCUAUGAGUUUCGCCAGUUAUCAAGCUAGUCUCAUUUCAAGGUGAAAUGUCCACUAAGGGGCGCUAAAAGCGAGUUUAAUGUUUUCAGAAAGAUGACGUUUUAAAUGAAUAAAACCUACUUACCUACUCUGAACCUUUAAACGUAAGCCUAACCGAUAGUGUCAUAAAAGCAAAUGCGAGAUAAAAAACGCAAUAGCUGAACGCAAUUAGCUGAAGUGCCAUUUUAUAUGUAGUUAUGUAAUACAAGCGUUAAAAUGCAUUUUGUUUGAAGUCAUGUGCUAUGGUAAAAGUGUUUAGAUGUAAUAAGUAAAAUAAGUGUUUAUGAACUGUUUAUCUGUUAUACUCGUGAUAGUGAAUAAAACCCAAUGCUGUUGUAGCGCCUCUAGUGGUCAUUUCACUAGAAAACUGCAGCGAUACGUAGAACGAGGCACGUAAAACUUAUUUUGCAAAUAAUGUAGUCAUGGUAACGUUUUUUCUUUGAGAACAGGCUGCUAUAAUUGCCAUACUUCCCCAACAUUCUUCAGUUAUAUUUUUAUCAACCUUUUUUUUUUUCUGGGAUGGGGAAAAAGCUGUGAAUUUGUUCAUACAAACAUAUUUGUAACCAAAGAAGAAAAGCAGUGUACUUUUGCUUUGUAACGCACACUUUCUUGCUCGCUUUUUUUACUUUGUUACAUCAAACAAUCUUUUGUUUCUGGUUAGCAUGUUCUGCAUGAGCUAUUACACCAUUUUUUUAUUUUAAUAUUAAUAAUUUAAAGCAAUCUGUGAACAAAGUUAGAUGGUGAAGGGUAAUGUCCCCAUAACAAACAAACCUGAUGACGGGAAAAACAAUUAGCCUUCUAUUUUCAGGUGCAUGGUUUUGUAAAACUUGAUAUCCAGAUGAUUGUGUUACAUUACAUAAAAUGUAUCCAAUGAAUUACAAGUUAGGGUAUAUUUUAAGGCGUGGUUUACACAGAUUACUAAAUUUACAGCACAAUAAAAUAGUAAUCACAAAGAAAAGAAUAAAAGUGAAAUCAAUCCACAACAAGUGUUUGCAGUUCACGUAUGAUUUUGAAUUCAUUUAUAUAUUGGGCAUGCUUUUUUAAUGUCUUUUGUGCCUCUUCUACCAUGGAUAUUUACAGCAAUAUUUUUUUUUUUAUAUUUUUUGCCCAUCUUGAGCCAAACCGUAAUAAUGUACAAUCACUGUACAUCAGUAUACAUCACCUAAUGAACUUUUAUUUUUGCUUGUUUUUUCUUUUUUGUUGAAGGAAUACCGUAUACAAGCAAAAUGUAUCGUACUUGAUCACUGAGCCUUUGAAAAUAUCUUCAGAAUACCCUUGUGAUGUGCUGUUUUGAAAAGUUUAGUUUUCUUUCAAAAAUAAAUGACUGUUCUGUUAA